UGCGUCGUUCCCGCGGGAGGCAUAGGCUCGCGUAUGGGUUUGUCGACACCGAAGCAGCUUCUGAAGAUUCACGGAAGAAGUAUCUUGGCUCACACCUUGAGCAAUCUCGAGAAGAUAGCUGCGAUCGACCUCAUCGUGGUGGUAACCUCUUCCCAAUUGAAAGAGAAGAUACAGGACGAGGUCGAUAGAGUUCUGGAAGACUGGUGAGCUCUAAUAUCGAGAAGCGGUCAUUCGCCAUCAUCCGACUUGUCCGACGGGCAAGCUUGAGAAUGCGAGUUUUUCGUGCGGUCUUCCAGCGCGGGGUGCCCGAUCGAAGUCGUAAUAAGGAAAGGAGUUGAUUCGAGACAUGCUUCGAUCAAGACCGGGGUUGAUUAUUUGAAUGGUCGGGGAUUCAGCACCGUAAUCGUGCACGACGCUGUACGUCCUCUCGUUCCUCGCAAACUCGUGGAUGAUCUCUUGGAAGCAUCGGGCGAAUGCGGUGCCGCAGGACCGUGGAUAAGUCUCGUGUCGACCGUUCUGAAAAUCGACGCAAAGGGAUCGAUGCAAUCGACCAUUCCCAGAUAUCCGGACGAGAAUGGCGAUCGUUUCGUGGCUAGCGAGAUGCCUCAGGUGUUCAGAUACGACAUCCUGAAGAGAGCCUAUGAAUGCUGCGAUCAGCGCGAGCUCUUGCACGGAACUGAGUGCUUGGAGCUCGUUCGUCGCUAUUGUGACGUGAAACCAAAAAUGCUUGAGGGUGAUCGCGACAUCCUGUGGAAAGUCACAAAGCAGGCCGACUUGAUCAUCGCCUCGAAUGCUUUGAAGCCUGCUGUAAUUCAGCCACCAUCGCCAUGA